CAAUUCACUUUCCUUGCCGCUCAGAGUUAGACGCUUUUUCUAUUCAACAAAAAAAAAAUUAAUUAAAAAAAAAAUCUUUCAAAUGUGUUCUUGAAUUUCUUAAAUCUAUCAUCAUCCAAUUAUUAUCAAUAAAGUUUAGGUUUAUUAGUGUCAAAAAUGAAAACUAAACCCAAUUUGACGUUUUCGAAGUUAGACAAGGAGACGGGGGAUAAAAUUGACCGUAUGUUUGAAAAGGAGGAUUGUAUGGUGGAGAUUAACCCUGGACGUGUCAUUUUGCCAGCUGAUUACAUGACGAUCGGUCAGGAUAUCCUGGAUAUGGAGGUCUUGGAUGACGACGUUUGGAUGUGCUCGUAUCCCCGAACUGGUUCAACCUGGGCUCAAGAAAUGGUGUGGCUGAUCGGCCACGACUUGGACUACGAGGGAGCGAAGUCUUUGCAACAGAUCCGCUGCCCGCUAGUAGAGUUAUCCUGCAUCAUGGUGGACGGGCACGCCGAGUGGCACGACGAGUCCGUCCGCGGCACGUCCGUGGACCUCGUGAAGUACCGGCUGGCACAUCCUCGCUACAUCCGCAGUCAUCUGCCCUGGGACCUGCUGCCGAUCGAUAUACUGAACGAAGACGGAUCUGUCAAACCCAAGGUGAUAUACACGUCCCGCAACCCGAAGGACAUGGUGGUGUCGUACUACCACUACUGCUCGCUGGUGCACGGCCUCAAGGGCACAUUCGAGGACUUCUGCGACCUCUUCAUACGGGACCGCGCGCCGUUUGGACCCGUCUGGAAUCAUAUACUUGGUUUCUGGAAACGGCGUGACGAUCCAAACGUCCUAUUCAUCAAGUUUGAAGAGAUGAAACGUGAUCUGCCUAACGUCGUCCGCAGAACGGCCGAUUUCCUCAACAAAACGCUGAGUGACGAGGACGUGUUGAAGCUCUGCGACCAUCUUUCCUUCGCUAACAUGAAGACGAACCGUGCCGUCAACUUGGAGGCCAUUUUGGAGAAAUCCUUCGGAAAGUCGUAUUUAGAACAGACUUCUUUACGGUUUAUCAGGAAAGGGGAGAUAGGGGAUUGGAAGAACUACAUGUCAGAUGAUUUGUCACGCCGAUUUGACGAUUGGGCCGAGCAAAAUAUGAAAGGUAGUGAAUUGAGUUUCGAAUAAGACAUCCGUUUUAGUAUAGUUCUCGCCAAAUAACUAGACUUCUCUGAAGUUGCCGCCGCUAAAUUGCGAAGGUUUUUAUGAUAUACUCCACUAAGACAUAUUUUUUACGCUGUGCAGUCAUACAUCUCGUGUUCGGAGACGACUAUUUCUUUGGCGAUAACUAUUUAUGUAAAUUAUUAUCUUUACCUGGCACUUCAUCACCUUCGCAUACUUCGUGUUUAUGCUUGUGUUGUAUUAAGAUACGUAAGAUAUACACAAUACAAUCACAGACAGUCGAAAGACUUGAUUGCGCACUGAGAAGUGACUAAAAUGGCAUCUGUCUUUAAUUUAUGGAUAAUAAUGAGCACAGUAUAGGACGUGCCUAAUUAGAUUUACAUACUUAUUUAUCAUUUAUUAAAUUACAGCCGUCUUCUAUAAGCUAUCGAUCUAUCUGACGAUUUAUUGUUAAAACUAAUUAAAUAUGUCUUUUAAAGGUGUCCAAUAUACCCCUGUCUCCUCCAACUAAGUUAAUACGCAUAGAUUGCGUGGUGGGUUUGGUAAUUGUGUAAUGGACUGGGCUUGAACCCACUACCUUAGGUUGAAGCUUGUUAGGCAAAAUUACUGUUUCACUGAUCUGCUUAAAUUGAAUACUGCGGUAUGUAUAUGUAUAAAAGAAGUGCACCUAUGCACUUCUUUUUUAACAUCAAUUUGUUUUAAAUUAAUAUUCAUACGAUAAGAAUCAAGUAUUUUAUUGUUAAGUUAUUAUUAUA